AUGCUCACAGCAGUAACAAAUGCAACCGGAAAUUCGGCUGGUGCUAAACUGAGGUGCUUGUACACGAAUGCCCAAAGCCUCAUAUCGAAACUAGACGAACUAAAACUUUGCCUUGUUGAGCAGUCUCCAGAUGUUUUAGCAGUAACUGAGACCUGGCUGUCUGGGAAUAUUAGCGAUAACGAAGUAGCCUUGCCUGGAUACCAAAUUUAUCGGAGAGACAGGGAACAUCGUCAGGGUGGUGGUAUCGUUGUGUAUGUGAAUGACGGUUUGGCAGUGUCGGAUAACACCACCAAGUUUUCGUGCACUACGGAAGCUAUCUGGUUGACCAUCAAGGCUACCGGUUCCCCGUGUCUCGAUGUCCUCACUGUCUACCGACCACCUAGGACAGAUCGAAUCGCCGACACUCAACUAUUGGAGCAGUUGGAGAAAUUUUCCAGUCGACCUAACAUCAUGAUCAUGGGCGACUUCAACGCACCCGGAACAAACUGGAAUACCCUCCAAGCGUCAGGUCCAAAAUCGUCAUUCGAUUAUCGCCUGUUGAGCAAAACAUUAAAUGCGUGCCUCACAGAACAUGUAAUGUUCCCAACGAGAACACGUGAAGGACAAAGGGCAAACUGCCUGGAUCUGGUCUUUACGAAAACACCAGACAGCAUAGACGAGAUCGCCUCCAUGCCGCCCCUUUUUCAUUUUCAUUUUGCUUAACGGAUUUCUAAUCUCAAAAACUAUGCAUUGCACUUUGUGCAGAUUUUGCCUACAUCGUUUAAAAUUUGCAUGUAAAUUUAUUUUUACUUGCUUUGAUGGGACCCCAACGGGUCUUUAAUAAAAUAAUUGAAUUGAAUUGAAUUGAAUUGACCACGUAGUGCUUAUGUGGGAUUAUUUGUUAUUCUCCAUUUCACAUACUCCAGACCACAAAAGACGUAAUGUUUGGCGGGGCGACUUCAAUCAGAUGAGGGCAGACUUAUCCGGUCUUGACUGGGGCUCUUUGUUUACGGGAAGUGCCAACGAUGACUGGGACCUGUUCAAGAAUGUCCUUCUGCAGCUCAUCAACAACCACUGCCCACUGACUAGUGUAAGACUUAACAAACGCCCUGGGUGGCUAAAUAGCAACCUCAAGAAAGAAAUCAACAGGAAGGACAAAUUGUGGAGAAAAUACUGCGUCACUAGACAAGCUGAAUGCUUCAACACCUACAAGACACAGAGGAACAAACUGAGGAACCUGAUCAUAAAGACGCGGCGGGAAUUCGAGAAGAACUUGCUACAAAAAGCAACGCAGAAUCCAAAAUUACUCUACAGUUACCUCCGACGAAGUACAAGGAAAAGGCAUCAAAUUCCCUUAAUAAGGACUUCUGAUGGCGUUGAGAUUGCUAAUAGUAGAGAUAAAGCUUCGUAUUUUUCACAGUUUUUCCAAUCAGUCUACACAAACGAGGCAAGGUUCCUUCCUCCCUCCACAGAAGAACUGCCGACUCCAAGCGUCAGUGAUAUACUCUUCCCAGAAGGCAUUGUCCGAAGAGAAUUAGAGGCAUUGAACGAAUCGAAGUCGCCAGGACCAGACGAGAUUCCACUCAAGCUUCUGAAGGAACUUGCCAGUGAGCUCUCUGUGCCUUUGUCGAUGCACUUUCAAACGUCAUUUGACACUGGAACACUUCCUAUCGAUUGGAAGCUGGCGCAUAUUACUCCGCUACACAAAGGAGGUAACAGGACAGCGAUGACAAAUUACCGGCCCAUAAGCUUGACAUGCAUUCUCUGCAAAGCUAUGGAAAGGAUCAUAAAGACUGAACUGAUGCAAUUCCUGGAAGUUCGAGGCCUGCUAUCGAAAUGCCAACAUGGGUUCCGAAAAGGAAGAUCCUGCACGACAAACCUGCUGCAAUCACUCCAGAGCUGGACCCGAGCUCUCGACGACAGGCACGCGGUCCACAUAGCCUUCAUCGACUUCCAGAAGGCUUUCGACACUGUGCCACACAAAGGCUCUUACAUAAGCUGAAAAAAUAGGGAUCGGUGGCAACUUCCAUAAAUGGAUCGAAAACUUCCUUGUGGGUCGACACCAGGUUGUGUGCGUCGGUCGGGGAAAAUCAGAUCCGGCUAUGGUCGAGAGUGGUGUCCCCCAGGGUUCAGUACUGGGACCCAUUUUGUUCCUUAUCUACGUGGACGAUGCCGCAAGAGAUUUGGACUGUGAAGUAGCAAUGUUUGCGGACGACAUGAAGAUAUGGAGUGUAAUUCGUGGUCCUGCCGAUGAAGACAGACUGCAGAUGAACCUGAAUCGGUUGGAGGAGUGGUCAAACCGUUGGCUUCUGCGGUUCAACGUUGCCAAAUGUAGCAUACUUCGCUUAGGAACACAGCCAGAUCCGCCAGCACAAGAGGGUACUUUCUGGGUGGUGCAGCCCUACAAGAGGUCGAAGCCCAAAAGGACCUCGGUGUGCUUACGACGAGUUCCCUAAAACCAUCCGCCCACUGUUCGAGGGUAGCAAAAACCGCAAUGUCCGUACUGUACGCCAUCAAGCGUGCGUUUAUGGACUUUGACGAAGAAGCCUUCUCUAAGACAUUCGGAACAUUCGUCCGGCCUCAUUUAGAGUACGGCAUACAAGCUUGGAGGCCAUGGGCUGUUGUGGAUCAAAACUGCCUCGAAAGAGUCCAGAGGAGAGCCACGAAGAUGGUCAGGGGUCAAAGCUCCUUUCCUUGUGCGACCCGCCUAGUAAAUCUGAACCUCUUUCCUUUGAGUUACAGGCAACUUCGCGGAGAUCUCUUGCAAGCCUUCCGCAUUGUAAAGGGGUUGGAUUGCAGUCUGGCCUUCGAGGACUUUUUUGAAUUUGCUACCACGACCAACCUCCGAGGUCACCCGUUAAAACUGCGCACUCAGCAGGCACGGCUGGAUGUGCGGAAGUUCUCCUUCUCGGUUCGGGUGGUCAAACCGUGGAAUGAGCUUCCCGCAGAUGUUGUGAUGUCACCAUCUAUACAAAGUUUUAAGAAGAAUCUGGACAUAUUUAUGUUCGGAAAUGACCAAGAGCGAUGAGAAGUCGAGCUCACCCCUGUAACUCCUUCUCAUUUUGUCCCACCAUUAUGGGCGUGUUCUAACUAUUUCAGCCCAAAACAUCUAUCUGUACACCACACAUUUUUUACGUUGCAAAUAGGGUACUCAAAGGCUUACGCCUAUUUCCCUCAAUAAACUGAACUGAACUGAACUGAAGGUGACUACUUAACUUUCCCCAGUAAGAUCUUUCAAUAAAUUUGUUUCUUCUUUCUAAUGGGUUUUAGAGGAGAGCUUGCUGGGACCGCUCGGUGCCUCUUCCAUCUUAAUCGCCUAAUCGGCAAUCAGAAGAAGAGGUCACGAAAUUCUUUUAUGUCAAUGAGUUCUGUAUGAUUCACCGCCUUUGCUCUGCAUGAAUUUAUUCACAGAAAACAAUGUUUCAGACGUCCAUUUUGCAGCGCACAAUACUCCUGUAGCAAUCCGCGCCUUCUAGCUCUCCAUCGUUUUGCCACGCUGCCCUCCUGUUCACCUCACAUUCACUGUCGAGUCGCUGCUGCUGGGCAAAAGGCUUUGUAGACGCCGAGUCGUGCAGCGUUUGUUGAGGCUUGUAGUCUUGAAAUACUGCGGUCGGGGGUUUUGGCUCCAAAGGAUGCUAAAGAUAUUACAUUUAGAAGUUGCGUUAUGUCUUCAUUUACACAGGCAAGGGACAGGGGCGGUGAAGAUGUCGUAACAAACGAAUAGAUCGAAAAUGAUUUAAUACCGAAACGUAACGAAAAUAGAGGGGAAAAUAAAACUCGGGUGGAUCUAACUCUGAUAGUAGGCAACGGGAUAUGCAAACGCUAACAACUCAGUAUUAUGUGCGACACUCAAUGUAAUAAUAGGAAAAACGUAAUGAUAAGCAAAAUAGGAAUAAAAGUACAAAAAUAGUCGGAUCGUAAGAGGAUACACGAGAAUGGGGACUAAUCGGAAGGUCGUGAUGAGAAGCGUUAGUUUUUGCCCACGUAAUCACGGAUUCUGAAAGGGAAGCCGGAACGAAAAAGCGCAGUUUAUAAUUCAGUAUAAUUCAUUAUAUAUGAGGGAUAGAGGUAGAGCCUUGGAAAACCCUAUUUACGUAUGAAAAAACAUGCAGAUAUUUACAUAGCAGUUAUACCAGUCCUUGAUAUCAUGUAAAUGUUUGACCAUCAAGCAUAAAUUUAUCUAGUCUUCUUUUGAAAGUGUCGAUGUUUCCCGCCAAGACAACGGAGUUCGGCAAUUUGUUCCAUCCCUCAACCAGCCGUUGGGAGAAGAAUUUGGCCCGCAAUUGUCCGUUAGAGCUCGUCCCUAGCUUCGCGAGCGCUCGAGGCCAAGCAACGCUGUCCGUGCUCUGAUAGACUGGUGACACUGAGACAGAGCGCAAGGCGCACACGCGCCGGGAUCUAAGCACCUCAACGGCGGACACGAAACAAAAACAAUUUACUUGGUGAGACCUCUCACUGCGACUGUUUGCAGAGCCUUUGUGUACGCUCUUCCUCAGUAGUAAAAGUUAUCCAACCCAAUUCGUCUUUCCUGACUUCUAAUACUGGAAGCUCCGUCUUGUCGAACAUACCAUCCCGGCACUCCCAUUGUGUUUUGCACGUUUAAUACAUCGCGGUGAAGGUUGCAGACUCUCCUAUGUCCAGGCACCGAUAUUCUUCAGCGACGAUUCCAUGAUAAUUUGAGUGUCUUUCGAUUACUAUGUUAUCACACGGUAGUUUCAGUCGUAGUUGAUUGGACACCGAUGGAGGGCGGCACACGGUUGCACCCUAAAUUCUAAAAGUUAUCUCUUGGACCACGUUUGCACUCGAUGCAGAUUGCUCUGAAAGGCUUUAAGGUCAUUACCGCAUUCAAGUUCCUGGGGGAUUUCAUUGACACAAUGAAUUAAAAAACAGUGUCCUAGAAAAACUUCGAGGAACAACGUAAAUCACGUUCACCCAGCCUGAUUUACUGUCUCUGAUACACACGCCUUGUUUUCCACCAAACAGAAAUGCCCUUAUCCAGUUCAAAAACUUUGCACUGAUGCAAAGAACGCCUAAUUCGCGGAGGAGAUGUUCAUAUGAGGCAUUAUUAGGACUUUCCAAAAUCGUUGUACACUACAGGUACUUCGGAGCCUUUUUCCAGAGCACUAGUCAAACCUCCUUAAAAAUCAACGAAUUCAAGAGGUAGGAACUUUCUCGCUAAGAAUCAUGCUAAAUAUUCUGCAUGGAGCAAUCUUCAUCAGAAAAAUGUACUAAAGCCUGCCUUACAAGGAUUUCCAUGGUUUUACAAGAAAGAUAAGUUAAGCUGACUGGCUUCAAGGUGUUUGCAAGCAUUUCCCUUCCACAGCAAAGGCAAGCACCCAGUAUUUGUUGACAACUCAAACAGGAAUAAAAAAAGGCAUUGCCAUCUCUGCCAAUAAUGCCUUAUUGCAAAUUGUUUAGGACUGUCCGGCCGAACGAUAACCAAAAUUGGUGUUUACUGAGAAUCAGUCCUUCAAACUAAAUGAAAGCCCUGGCAGUUCUUGAAGUCUCCCCUCUUCUAUGUUCCACCAGGUAGACCGUAAUGAAUUGACUUUUAGCAGUCCUCCAUCUAUGCAUCCAGUUUCCUGCUAUUGUCAACGAAAUGACUAAGAAAACUCCGUUCUAACGGUCUUUUUUAUCUUCCUUUAUCUGCCUUCUCAUGUGACUGGCUUGCAAAGUGUACCUAUAGAAGACGUUAUAACUAAACUAGAAAGGAUAUAACUAGUUAGAUAAAAAUACAAUCUAAGAAAGAAUGGGUGGCGGGUAAAGUGAACGGUUGAUGCCUAAGGAUCUACAUAUCUGGCCGAUUUUUCCCCUGUGUAUUAUCUACGGCUUUAGAAGAUAAGACUUGGAAAGAGAGUUGGGCUUGAGCAUAAGAAUUACGUUCGCAAAUGAACUCCAAUUUUGGGGAGUGACCUUGCAAUUAGUGUGAUGAAAAUCUACUGCAGACCGCUCCCUUGCUAUGACUUAUUCUCCCUGAUUGUACCUGAUGUAAUCCAUUGUAGAGACUCAGGAACCAGUGCCGGAUGAGGCCACAGGGAACGACGCUGAUUGAACGGUGGAGAAUUCCGGUGUUCUCGUUGAGUGCGUGGUCUGGUUCUCCGUUGCCUGGUCCAGUCCCGAAUGAGCCUUCCCUUAUCUUUAAGCGUUUUUUGUUGGUACGGUGCGCUGUCCAUUCGCUCACUACAGUGGGACUGAGGGUUGAUACGUGGGCAUUGGCGUGUGCGUAGGGGCUAGUGAUGUAAGGCAGGCUUAGUUCUAGGCGAUUUGUUAGGUAAUACGAUUAGGGUCAUACUUAUGGCUUAGGAGUUAGGGGCUAAUGCUAAACCCUGGUUUAGACUUCGAUGCAGAAUAAUGGGUUUAUUGUUAUCAUUAGUUGAAGGGCUGCGGAUAGAUUAAAUUGUGAAAAGUGGGGGUUUAGACCAAGGUUUUGGGAUUCAAACAAGCGACUAACGCUGUGCCUUGAGACUGAGUCACAAAGACCUGUCGAAUCCUAUAAAAUUUGACGUACUUAGUAAUAUGGGUUAGGAGUCAGCAGGUGGGACAUAGUGAGCCCUCCAGCUCAGGACUAAGAGUUGGCGUCUAGCUUUCCGGCUUUACCUCAGUUAUAGGUUUGACAUUAAGAGUGAGGUGAUUGCGUACGAGUCUUGGUUUGGAUUAAAUAUAACAGAAUAGGCGUCAAUGGUUUGGGAGUGAGCAGUAGAAUUUGGCUCAAGUUUCUGACAGUAUGUUGGUGUUUUGAGUUUGACCUAGAAUUAAGCUCUAGUGGUUGCGAUUACUCGGAUAGCACAUCCCCGUCAAAAGAAUGGGACCAAAGUGGUGUCACAGGGACCAUGUGCAGUCCAAGGGUCGUUAGUCAUUUAUUUUUUAGCACGGUAUUCAGUAAUACUAUUCUCAAAAUGAAUUUACUUACCAACCAAAACGCCCCUAGAAACACCAGAAAUAGCGAGGAUAUUAUAAAGAUUCCCAAAUUCACAAAGUCCCAACGAUCAAAUUUCUACACCAUAAGAUAUGCGACUAUCUGGAAUUCUCUUCCAGGUUAUAUCCGGAAAAGUCGAACCCUAAUCGAAUUUAAAAUAAAAACUAAAAAAUUCCUUUCAAAUAACAAUACACAUUUAUUUUUGAAUAAGAUAGGACACUUUUCAAGUCAAUUCCUUGAUAUUGAAUUUGGUCCAAAAGGGCUCUGAUGAUGCCAGCCGAUUGAAAAAUACCGGAACAUAGCACUAAAAAUAAUCAAAUUUAUAAAAGAUAGCAUCAUUGAUUAACAUAAAACAGAUAAUGAUAUUCCUCUAUUUUCCUCCCUUUCUCGUUUUCAUCAGCUAUGUCACCUGACACUAAAUAUCCCUUAUAAAGCUAAUAAAAAUAUACCCUUCGAUAAAACCCUGCAUAUUAGUCGUGCGUAUGUCUAUAUUAAAGCCAUAUUAAACAUAUAAAGAACUAUAUUAGGUCAUAGUAAACAGUCGACCACUACUCCUAUAAUUUCACAUUAACAAGAACAAUAUGAUACAUGAUUCAAUAGUAUUUUGACAGUUUUGAUUGUGACUUACCAUUGAAUGCUUCUUACUCCUGAUAUAUAUUCAUCUUUUCCAGCUCUUAGUCCAGACAACGAUGGUAAGCCUCCUGAAAAAAUACGUAGGAACUGCGCGACCGCCCCCUUACAGCUGGCCAGAUAGACUGACAACCAGCAACUAGAGCAAACCGAAAUUUACCCAACAGGAAAAUAAUUUCAAGGUCAGGCCGAUAUCAAAGUUCUUCAAUUGCCAUGAAGGACAUAUUAUUCAUGCCCUUUAUAUUGUACAUAUCGUUAUUUUUUGAAAAUUUUGUUAUUAUUUUCCCUUAGAACUGAGGUUUUUUUUAACUUAAAACAAACUCUCAAUUCGCGCUCUUUUGGCUAACCAGACACCCGAAGCAAAUGAAGUCAAAGUGCAGUUGAAAUUGACGAGUUUGCUUUAGGUUUUUUUCCUGAGUUCAAAGGGGACUGACAGUGCCCAAGGGGCGCUACAAUAAACCUAUUCUACUAAAAUUUUCGAAGUGCACACACAGCGAAUCAGCCCAUAACAGUAAUUGUACAAGUAAACUGCCUCCCGUUAUCUGUUUUCGGAGGACUAUGUUGUGGUUGGACGUUCGUCGAAAUGCCACAUGCUGGCCUUGUUGUUCCGACCUGUCCAUACGGCGUAGGUAACUAACGGCAUUCCGACAGAUGCACCAAUUCACUCCAAUCGUCCGAAAACAAGUAGCAGUGAGUAUUCGGCUUGCAAAAUUGCUCCUAAGAGAAGAUCUACAAAGAAACGUAUCUAUACUAACGAUAAUGCAGAAAACUCACAAAAAGUUUGAAUAUUUACGCCAGAAAUUAAAUUUCAACUUCGUCCAUAGAGGUGGCUAUGUUAUUAGCAGGGUAGGAGUAAUGUUAGAGACUGGGAGAAUGGCGGGGGGGUCAAAGUUAAUAUUUGGGUAUGCCAUUGAGCGUUAAAGAUUUAAUUUACAAAUACGACUGCAGAUUUGGUUCAGGGAUAGUGAUUUGGGGGGGGGGGGGAGGGGGUCAGAAUUAGAGGCUGGGGCCAACUGUAAGUGUUAAGCUUAGGAUUACGACGUCAUGGUUGACAAUUGACUAAGUCUUGCGUGAGCGGUUGACAGUGAGGCCGCGGUUAGACUGCAAGUAUAGAUUUGGGGAUGGGCGCCUUCUGUUAUCUAUUGCUUCAAACCUAAGUUCUUAUUUUGAGGGUCAUCGUACCGCUUAAUAUAAACGCUUUGGCGAAGCUUGGAAUUAAUAAAAUUUCAGAUAACUCUUCAUCAGGCCAAAACGGUUACAAAGAAGUUUAAGUUAUGCGAAUUACAUGACUUAUAAAUGAUUCGGGGACAAUUAACAUCCAUCGUUCCCACACCAAUCGUCGUUCACACGCCACUCGCAUGACGAGGCGUGCUAUGUCGUGGUCGGCGUGUCGUGGUCAUUGGGUUAAGGGGACGAGGGAGAGGGGGGUCAUAGGCUGUGAGUACGUCGGGUACCUUGUGCACACACCCUGGCAUCGGGAGGUUGGAGCGACUUUGGGGUCGGCGUCGGCCACGGAAAACAGAGCGCCUGUGUCAGAGUCUUCUGACAGCAUAACACCCGUUGGCGUAGGCCUCUGGUGAAGCUUGCUGGUGUCCGGUAGACAACCUGAAAGGCUUCUUUGGUAUUGAAUCGGUGAUUCGUAUCGACAAAAUGUGCGAGAAUAGAACUCGAGAUCGAUUUCUUCUCACCUUUGCCUAGCCAGGCCGGUAUGUGUUCACGUACUCUCUUUUCCAUGCACCGCGUUGUGCAGCCAGUGUAUCCCGCUUCACAGGAGCAAGUGAAUGAAUAAAUACACAUCUACCUCGCCCCCUUAACUCAAUGACCACGACACGCCGAACACAACAUAGCACGCCUCGCCAUGCCAGUGGUGUGGGAACGAUGAUUGGUGUGGGAACGAUGAAUGUUAAUUGUCCCCGAAUCAUUUAUAAGUCAUGUAAUUCGCAUAACUUAAACUUUGUUAUAACCGUUUUGGCCUUAUGAAGAGUUACUGAAAACACGUGUUCGCCAAUUUUACUUUUCAAUUGUAACAUGGGAAUAGUCGCUGAAAUUUCUGAUAAUUACGGAAAUGUAAACAGUUGAUCAGAGUUCCUUGAGUCAAAUCUCAGGGUAAGGGGGGCAUUCUUUGUUGCCCUUAGCAACAGAAUCAUCAAAUAAUCUGUAGUGAACAACCACGUUGAGAAAUGUAGGACGAAGGCACUGGCAUUAACUGAUGGUUCUAAACUUGUCAAAAGAAUGGUGGCAUGUUCCCACAGUAUAGGAAUCCCUCAUUUUAUGCGGCGCGUUUUCGAAAAUGUUGAUGUUAUUCUGCAAUGUUGGCCUCGAAAGAUUAACGCACUAAUCUCGAGCACCACACUCUCCUAUGGAAAGUCGCGGAUUUUGCUAGACUGUAUUUCGACCGGAAAAGUCAAAAUGCCAGGCUCUUGAGACGUAAGCGUUCCAGUCACCACGUUUUGUCCGACUUUCCUUUCUUCCAUAUAGGAUUUAAACAAAAGUUAAUGUCCAUGUAGAUAAAAUAAUCACGGGCUAGGUUCGGACCGGCCCUUAGUUUGCAAACUCGUACACCGAUCGGCCUUUUCUCCGGCACCGUCUUGAUUUCUAUAAGCCACAAUCGUUAACAUGUUGAAAUUGGAAACUCAGUUUUCCUAAUUUUUGUCUGUAUUUGGCCGCAGGCCACAGUGACAAGUAGCCUAUUAAAUACAGAACAGUCAAGGCACCGCCGUACACUUCGCGACCUAUCGAAAGAAGAUCAUGGUCGAACUUCGCACAAAAAUCCUUAUAGCGCACAGGUCGGUCGUUCUGCAUCUACGAAAGUACAGUCCGCUUAAGAAACGACUGUUGUUAAAAAGAGAAAAUCACUCGGUUUAUAGAUUACUAUUAUUAUCUAAGAAAUAUCUUAUGUUAUGGAAAGCCAUAAAACCAAAUGACGACUUUAUGAAAGGUUACUCGUUUAAGGCCUAAUGUUGCUGACGACAGAGAAGGAAAAUACAAUACUACGAGAAAACAAUGAAAAACAUCAACAAACGCAACAUAACGAUACUUCGUUAAUUGCCCUUUCGCACGCAAAACAACCGUAUGCCGCACGGACAUAGAAACUACCAAGCUAUCUACAGUGGACUGGUCUAUAGAAUGAUUAAGCACAAAUUCCGUGUUUCAUUGCCUUAUCCUUAUUUCUUUUGGCUAACGCAAAAGGACUUUCGGUCGGAUUGAGUUCGGGGCUGUUAGUAGGAAUGAAAAUACAUCGCAGACCGCAAAGCGAUAUGCUGGUUGCGGUCUAAAAACUGGAUUUUUGUCGUAAGCUAGAUUAGAGUAAUGCUUUAUUUGAGCUGUGAACAUGAGCACUAUCCUGCAAUGUUACGAUGCCCAUCCAACGUCGGUGACUGUCGCCGCAGUCAAAGGCAUUUGUUGUAAAGUCGAUGAACACCUUUCUAGUGGUGGUCUCCGUUGUUGACUGUCAGACUGCUCGCCCUUCGAAUUUGAUGGCCAUCCAAACCGUCAUACGUUGGUAGUUCUUAAAAGUUGCUGUCGUCAACGCGCUCUCAGGGGGAGGUUCCUAUUCCCCGAGUUUGGUCUUUCCGGUCUUGAUGGGUUGCCGUUUCCUGGCUAAGAAACAGCUGAGAACUUUUAUCACCGCUGACCUCUCUCUCAUUUUAUUAUCACACACUUGUCGUGUACCAUCGACUCAAAGUCUUCCGAGUGAUUUAUUUUCCCAAAAUUUUACGGCGUUUAAUUUAUUGCAGAUAUUUCGAGAACUAUACCUUGUGAUAUUUAUUCUCUACUAGAACUGUCGUCCAGUCAGAGGUGGAUUAG